UAUAUGUAAAUGGCGUAAUAUAUGAUCCUACACAGCACAAAACAUCCUAUGACAUCUUAAGGAUAUCUCAAUGUCCUGAGGAUUACCUGUAAUAGGAUGUUUUGUGCUGUGUGGGAUAUAUGUUUAAUAUUUUCAUCUUCAUAAUUAACUUGAUAGUUUUCUUCAUUAUCAUCUACAUUGUCAUCUGCAUUUACAUAUGAUGUCUGUAAAUAAAAAGAGAAAAAAUUUUAUUAUAUUUCAGAAAUUAUAAUAACACUACAAUUCCAGGCUUAAUUGGUUUUGUAGAUGGUACAAAUAUUGCUAUUAAAGUACCUGUUGACCAUGAAGGAUUAUAUGUUAAUAGAAAAGGAUAUCAUGCACAACAUGUGCAAAUUAUAUGCGAUACAGAUAUGUAUAUUCUGAAUAUACUAGCAAGAUAUCCAGGCUCGACGCACGACUCCUUUGUAUGGAGAAAUUCAUAUGUGAGACACCUUCUGCAAAUGCAACAUGCAAAUAAUAAUCAUUGUUGGCUAUUUGGAGAUUCUGGAUAUCCAUUAGAACCGUGGCUGCUGACUCCGUAUCCUGAAGUACAGUCAGGUACACAGGAAAAAUAUUUUAAUCAAAGACACAGUACCAUGCGAAAUACUGUAGAACGUUGUAUUGGCGUUAUGAAAAAACGAUUCCGAUGUCUCCUUAGAUAUCGUACAUUAGAAUAUACACCACAGAAAGCAGGUCAAAUUAUUAAUGCCUGCACAGUGUUGCACAAUAUGUGCAUACGUGCAAAAAUACCUCUUCCUCCAGAACCUGAAGAGGCAAUUAUGGCUAUGGAAGAUGAUGUAAAUAAUUUUGAAAUACAACCAAUACCGGAAGGUCGAGCCAUAUUUAAUGAAGGGCAGAGAACGCGCAAUAAUCUUGCAGCUCGAUUGGUAAAUAUGAUUAAUGUUAUAUAA